AUCGCUCCUCUCGCAAGCGGAGGUCAGAGGCUCAGUAUGACUACGAGGUUUACCACUCUCUGGAAGAGAUCCAGAGCUGGAUGUUUAUGAUGAACACAACCCACCCCAAUCUGGUUGACGUGUUCUCUGUUGGGAAGUCAUAUGAAGGAAGACCGCUUUAUGUGCUUCAGCUAGGAAAGAAACGUCGUCUCCAGAAGAAAGCUGUGUGGAUCGACUGUGGUGUUCACGCCAGAGAGUGGAUAGGACCUGCCUUCUGCCAGUGGUUUGUCAAAGAGGCUAUCAGCUCAUACCAAUAUGACUCUGUGAUGACGAGACUACUGAACCAGCUCAACUUCUACAUCAUGCCUGUCUUUAAUGUGGAUGGAUAUCGUUUCAGCUGGACUACGGAUCGGUUCUGGAGGAAGACACGGUCCAAAAAUCACAAGUUCCACUGCAGAGGAGUGGACGCUAACAGAAACUGGAAAGUAAAAUGGUGUGAUGAAGGUGCUUCUUCUCAUCCGUGCGAUGACACGUAUUGCGGUCCCUUCCCCGAAUCUGAACCUGAAGUCAAAGCUGUCGCUAAGUUCCUGCGCAAGCACAAGAAACGCGUGGAAGUAUACAUAUCCAUUCAUGCCUAUGCACAAAUGCUGCUUUACCCAUAUUCCUACAAGUAUGCCACAAUCCCCAACUUCAACUGUGUGGAGUCAGCAGCUCACAAUGCAGUGACAGCCUUGUACUCUGCCUAUGGCGUGAGGUACAGAUACGGACCUGCCUCCACAACUCUGUAUGUCAGCUCAGGAAGCUCUAUCGACUGGGCAUACAGGAACGGGAUCCCCUACGCAUUUGCAUUUGAGUUGAGGGAUACGGGAUAUUUUGGUUUCCUUCUGCCCGAAUCUCUAAUAAAGCCAACCUGCACUGAGACUAUGAGAGCCGUGAAAGCCAUCGCAUCAGGAGUGCUGAAGAAGUGCAAGCCAGAUAGGGAGAAAUUUCCAUAUAUAUGACCGCACCCUCCGACUUACCUAUCUUAGCACCUAAUAUUUUCCUGAGAUUUCAUAUUCCGCUCAGAUGUUAUCAGGUGACGAACCGACAAAGAUCCUCGGAGCGUGAAUUUGAAUUUGUCGUUCAUCUUAUUCUCCUUUUUCUGAUAAGAGCUGAUGGUGAUGCAUUUUUGUGUGCAAAAAAACAAACACUAAAAAAAACUUGAACCCUACAGGAUCUUUUAAGUAAUGCAUCUUUAAAAAAAAAAAAGUUUAUUUUUUACAGUGAAUAGUGGUCAUGUGAUCACUUAUUAUGCUACAGCAGCACUUUUAUGGUAAAGAUAAAGCUAAUAUUUUUUAUGUCUUCCAAAAUGUGCUUUAUUAAAUACAAGUUUAAAAAGAACAACAUCUUUAAGCCUGUUUUUAUUCUGGUUGUUGUUUUUUAUUCUAGGAAAUAUUCUUACCAAGUGCCACUCUAGAUUUUCAUAAAAUGCGUAAAAACCUUUAUUACUAAUAAUAAAUAUGUUCAAAGUGGUUACAAACUAGCACAAAGCAUAUGUAUAAAUUUCAGUGUAGAUCUUUUUGAUACCAUUUUUCUCUCUUUCAUUUGGUUCAGACUGACAUUUAGAAAGAAUGACCUGUGACCUCAGCAGCUUACUGUGUCAUUACUCAGGCAUGGAAAAAGACAGUGUCUGAAAUGUUUACUUGUACUCGGCUAUGUUCUUAUCAUGAGAUCUUUUUAAG